AUGGCUGGGGGUGGGGCGCCGUUGGAUCGCCUCUCUAUAGUACCGAGACUUAGGGUUCAAGGAGAGAGGGGAGAAAGGGGGAGUGCAGCGGUUGGACUGAGCUUCAGUGACUUAACCGCACCUGCCUUUGGGUCUAUGACUUGUGGGCUACCCAUCUGUUGGGACCACCUAUCAUACAAACAAAAGAUGGGUGUAGGAGGGGCAGCUCUUCAAGGUCGCUGGUGCCGCGGGUCUAUCCAUGACUGCUGUCGGUCUUAUAAAGAUGCUUUGUUGUGCCAGAUAUGCCUGCAAAAUUUAACUCGUCAUGCUCUUUCAGUCUUUGCCGUCAGGUUGGUGGAGGCAGCCCUGGGUCUCGUCGCACUUUUGACACUGCCAGCGUUCUUCAGGGCACUGGUGCUGUACAAUGGGGGGAAGGCAUUGGCCAAGGAGGACAAGGUUGUGUUGUCCGAACGCCAGCUGGGGCUUCUUGGGUUAAAGACCACAGGCUCAGAAGGAUCUCCUAUGGGUGAGCAAACCAAGAAGCCUCCCAAGGCAAAGCCAUCAACACCCUCAGAGCCAAUUGUUCCUAUCAGGAGAUCUUCGUUCAGCUACACACCGUCACGGGUGCAACCAAGGAUUGGCUCCAGCCAUUUGAGCCCUGGUAGUGAGAGAUUGACCACAUUACAAAUGUCACCUUCCACUCCACUACAGAAGCCUGUUUCUUCCCCUUCAACUCCAUGGUCGAGGAAAAGCUCAGGCAGUGCCAAGGGCAUACAAACUGAGGCGAUGUUGGACCAGUUCUUGGCUACCUUGGAUGAAAAUAUUGAUAAUGUCAUGGAUUCAGCCAAUAAAACUGCAACACCUCCAGCAACCAUCACGAGCUUUGGCAUUGCCAGCCCUGUCUCAGUCACCACAUCAACCACACCUUCUGGUGCUACACGGAGCACACCUUUGAGGCCUGUGAGGAUGUCUCCUGGCUCCCAUCAGAAGUACAGCACGCCUCCGAAAAAGGGCGAGGGUGAGCUUCCACCGCCAAUGUCCCUGGAGCAGGCAGUGGAUGCCUUUGAAAAUCUGGGUGUUUAUCCUGAGAUCGAGCAGUGGCGAAACAAUCUCAGGCAGUGGUUCUCUUCAGUCCUGAUGAGCCCGCUUGUUGAAAAGAUUAAAUCAAGCCAUAUUCAGGUUAAGCAAACAACAACUAGUAUUGGAGCUUCAGUUAAUGUUAGCCAAGUUGGAAGCGAUCUGCCAAGCACGACACCACCAGUUAGCUUAUCUCCACUUGGUGGGACUAAAGAUUGGCAGCCAACUGUCACUGUUGAUGAGGAUGGUAUUCUUAAUCAAAUGCGGGCUGCAUUUCUGCAAUCUCGUAAUGCUCCUGUUGCCCAAACCUUUGGUAGCCCACAACAGCCACAAUCAAACCCCCUCCUUCCAGCUAUUCAAGCAUGUAUCGAUGCAAUUACAGAGCACCAGAGGCUUAAUGCUCUGAUGAAGGGAGAGCUUAUAAAAGGCUUGCUGCCACAGAGUAGCGUCCGUGCUGAUUAUACUGUUCACAGAGUUCAAGAACUUGCUGAAGGAACGUGCUUGAAGAAUUAUGAUUACAUGGGCUACAGAGAUGGCUAUGGUAAAUCAGAGAAAAAAUGGACCAGCGAGCUGCCAACUGACUCACAUCUUCUUCUCUACUUGUUUGCUGCUUUCCUUGAACAUCCAAAGUGGAUGCUUCAUGUUGAUCCAACCUCCUACUCUGGUGCCCAGUCUAGCAAAAAUCCUUUAUUUCUAGGAAUCCUUCCACCGAAAGAGAGGUUUCCGGAGAAGUAUGUUGCUUUGAUAUCUGGUGUUCCUGCAAUUAUUCACCCAGGAGCUCUUGUAUUGGCUGUGGGCAAGCAGAGUCCUCCAGUUUUUGCCCUAUACUGGGACAAGAAGCUGCAAUUUUCUCUUCAGAAGCCUGCUAAGGUUUCGCCGCCACCUCAGCAAAAGCUUUCGAGGCUGUCCCCGCCGGUUCCGGCCAAGGCGGCCAGGCCUUCUCGUCCCGCAGAAAAGCCACUGAAGAAAGCUUGCCCAGCCCCCCCGGAUCUGGCGGCCAAGGCCAAGAAAAAGAGCCAGAGGGUGAGCUUCCAGGAUGACGUGGCAGCGCUGGCUCCCUCCGGAAGCGGGGAGAAGGUCAAAGCAUCCACCGAAGACUCUGCUGGGCGCACGCCUAUGGUGCCUGUCAAACCCCUGGAGAAGAAGCCGGCGAAGGUUGUGGCCGCAGAGACCCCGUUCUUCAGCGCUCAGAAUUGCAGCAGCUGCACGCUUGAUCAGCUCGAGUCCGCCUCCUACUGGCUGGCACAGAUCCAUCUGGCCGAGUCUGUUGGCAAGCACAAUGUCUCUGCCGCAUUCUUCCGCCUUGCAUUUGAAUGCCAAGCUCAGCCAUUUCACAGGAUCCGAAGUGAGCUCAGGAACUAUGUGGCGCGCCAUGAGAGUGCUAGCACUUUGACCCCUUUAUUCCAUGAGCUCCUGGUUGCCCAUGCCAUGGCAGUGAACCAACUGAAGUUUGACACUGAUGGGUCUGAAAAGGUGGAUACACCUGCAACUACAAAUACAGUUGACCAAAAGCUUGAUGCUACCACACUGGUGCAUGAAUGCUCUGAACGUGAUUGUGGUGGUGAUCUUGUUGAUGUGGGGGAAGUCAGUGUUAUCAAACAAGGAGAGGAAGAGAUGGACCAACCGAGCUUUGAGCAGAAACUGGAUGAAAGUUUUGCAUUUGAUGAUUGUGAGGCUGUCAUCGUGGACCGGCUAGCUGAAGAACAUUCUGAAUUCGAAAAGAUUAUCGGUGUCAAAGGUCCUUGUGACAGUGAAAUAGUCCAGUCAGCAUGUCGCUCUUCCAUCGACAGGCUGAGCUUGAGAGGAUCCCCUCUAGCAAGGGGAGCAUCUGAAAGACGCCUCUCGUCAGAGAGCCAUUUAGAUAAAUUGUCUCCGUCUGCUGCAGGGAGCUUGUCUGCAAAGCGCUUAUCAUCAUCUGGUAGCCCUUUCAACAACUCUCCGUUCUGCAGGGGCUCGUUACAGAGGCUCACAUCCAGUUGCCCUUCUUCUAAGAAGUCCUCCGCUAAAGGCGGCCUGUCUGCAAAGCGGAUGUCAUCUGGUGGCCGCUCUGAUGAGGAGCAUAAUAAUGGUACUGCUGGAGCUGGUGAUUCUAGCAGAGUGAUUCAAGAAGGGGAAUCUGGUUGCCACAUUUUAGAGCUCCAUGCAGUUGAACCGAUGAAAUUGAAAGAGCAUGGGGAGUAUGAUGAUGAUGCCAUUGAUGAGGUGCGUUUAUGA